GAAGGGAAGGUUGACUGCACCAUAAUCACAAAGCAAAACAAGACACACAUUGAAUAAAUUGACCUCACCUAGAGCCUUUUCUAUUGUUAAAUCAUGCGCGCAUCUUCACGAAAAGUCAGCAAUGCCCCUGGCCCCACAGAUUCCAUCAACGACCUAGAGCCAACAGGUUUUCCGGUUUCACCAGUACAGCUUAUUUUUAGCUGCGCGAUGUUCAUUAUUUCUGUGAUUCUCUUUCAUUUCUUCCUGAAAGUGGGCAAAUAAGCUAUUAUAAAAGACAGGCAAAUGGUGUUCCAGGCAGGAAUUGAAGGCUGCUUACGCUCGGGAGCACCUUACUUUUUGUAAUUGAAGUUGUGUCUUUCUUAUUAAUCCAAGUUUAUUAGGGUAUGGAAACUCAAAGUUGAGGAUUUCAGCACUCUUAUAGUGAGAUUAUUUUAAAAUGGAAGAAAAAUUAUAAAGUGCAAUGGUGAAUAUGCUUUUUUUCUGGGCUCUAAGUUUAGUAAUUGUCGUAAUUAUUGUCUGCGUAGGCGUGUCAAUAACCAAAUAUGCUUUUGUUUUUAAAUCUGUUGAAGGAGGAGGUGCGCGUUUGGGUCAUCGAGGGAGAAAGGGCACGGUAAUUUGCAUUGAACUUACCUUUUUUUUUUACCGGAAUCUAAGAUUUGCUGCGAUGGAUCUAGUGAAUGUUAUUUCCCGAUCGCUCUUGUUGCUCUGACCUUCAGAUGCGCAACCUUUUGAAAUACGUAGAGAACGUGCAAGGGAGGGUUCCAA